AUGAUCUCCAACGGGUGUGUUGAAAUGCUGGCCGAAAAGUAUGGCUGCUCAUCGAGGACCGUGUACCGUGUGUGGAAAAUGUGCCGUGGUGCGCAGAGUGGCGUGAACGUGAAUCUGUCAAGCGGACACCUUGGCAACACCAAUGCGAGGAAAUACACGCCGUUGAAAGUCGCCACCGUGCUCGACAAGAUCCGAGCAUUACCGCAAGAGAAGAGGUCCGAGCUGCGCUCAAUUGCAUUCGCUACUGGUGGUCCCCGAACGAGCUUGUUGGGUUUGAUCAAAAGUGGAGGGCUCAUCCGCAAAACCAUGAAUGUGAAACUUACGCUGUCUGAAGACCAAUGCAAUGCCCGUGUCGAGUUUUGCAAGUCUUUCCACAAAAAUUUGCGCCAAGACGAUGUGUACGAUGGCAUGUUCGAUGUUGUCCACAUCGACGAAUAG